AUGAAAGAGAUCAUGGAACAAAAUAUAGACAUUCAAAAAUCCAUUGAGUUCUUAGCCCAAAAGUAUGAUGAACUUACUCAAAAAGUCGGUUCUUUGGAAAAUGAAAAUAAGCACCAACUUGAGUAUAUUAACUCACUGGAAUCUAAAAUUGACAUUUUAGAACGUAACUCAAAGGCAACAACAGUUGAAAUACGUAACAUACCGCUUAACCAGAAAGAGACAAAGGAUGACCUACUGAAAAUCGUACAAGAGGCAGGAAAUUUAAUAAAUCUACCCAUAGAAAAAAAGAUAUCAGUGAUGUCUAUAGAAUAA